CUAAGUGGAAGGAAAACAUGUUUUAUGUACUGUACUGUGCAGUUGUGGCUUAUUUUAAAAUUCAUUAUUAGAGUGUGGCACUGAGGCGAUCAGUCUGUCUCCUUACGGAGGUUUUUAAGAUGCCCAGAUUGUUCUGAUAGCCAAUUCUGUCUGGAAAAUUAAACAAUCCCCAUAAGACUUACCAACUUAGAGCUUUAAAAUUCACUCAAGGAACAAAAUUCAAGAAGCUUGGUUUCAAAAUGAAAGGAUAAAUUUACUUUCAUCUAAACAGAAAAGUCUAUAAUCAGUGGUUUAGAUCUUUUGCUCAUUUGCCCAGGCUGUUUGUGCACCUUUUUUCUACCUCACUUUUUCCUUCCACUCAACUUUCCACAAACAUACUUAGAGACAGCACUCUGUGAACAACUAGCCUCAGUGGUACUAGUUCCUCAUUAUUGCCUAGACCGUGACAUAACAUUUCUCUAAUAAAAAUGACGACUGACCCAAUUGAACUGUCGGUUUUCUCUGUAGAUAACAUAUGAGUUUCACUUUUCUCGUUGAACUACAGAAAUAAUGUCACUUUUCAACGACACUCUGGCCUGCCGGGACACACCUGGUUGGUGGUCUUGCCGGUUUCGAGUCAACUGUUAACACACAAUGACAGAAUUUCAGCAAUCGAGCAGCCAUCUUUCCCGGCCCUGCUGCUUCCUGUCUCCGCCGUUCGAACAUACGGCGCAUACAAGAGCAGCGAGGCUUCAUGGCUCCCGCUCAUCAACGUUUGUCUUUCUGUGUACUCAUGUCUCUCCCCGUCCACCCCCCACCUCUCUGUUGCUUUCGUCGUCUUCUGCUAGAGGAAGUGGCCGUGCUCUGCAGGGUGCAGUUGCCUGCAGGAAGAGAGACGGAGGUGGGGGGAGAGAAAGAGAGAGAGCGGAGGGAGAAGGGGGAGGGCGCUCUCCGCCUGAUAACACGCUCAAACCACAGAUGGUUGAGGGAGGUUGCGAGAGACCGAGGGAGGGAAACGAUCGCAAAGAGAGAAGGAUUGAGAAAGCGAGGCUCUUGUGUGGGAGGGAUCAGUCCAAAGCGAUGGAGAGAGGAGGAGAGCGUCUCGUCGUCUCCGCGGAGAUUUCUUCUGCUACUUCGGGAGUGGAUGGGGAUCACUGAGCUCUUUAUUUGCUCCGCAGCCAGAACUUGACCCCAGCUGCCGUUUGCCCUAUUCGCCAGUGUGACGCAGAGCCCAGUCUGAAACAGGAUGUGGUUUUGCAUGCAUGCCUUCAUUAGUCUGCUGGCUUAGCAGGUGCCGUCAGGUGAGCGGGGUUAACUUGACACCAGGCUGUAAGCCGACUCUGAACCGGUGUGGACAUGAAGGAGUCCCGGCCUGCUGCGUGAGAGAGCGUCAGCUGCCGACAGCCAGGUGCUCUGCAGCCCGUUUGCGACAGCAGCACCAGAGCUUUCUGGAACACAGGCUCGUGAGGAGGAAGUGACACGUCUGAGAUCGCUCUUGUAUUUCCUGGUCCCGUUCUCCGGCGGCGCUUCACGGUACCGGAUCCGAGCUGAGCUCAGCUGCUUCCAGCCCAUCGCCGCCACCGUUUGAACUGGAUGUGCCAGCGGAGCAGCUCUGACCUCUCCUGGGUGAGUGAGGGACAGUUGGAUGCUUUCGGACUCUUGACUGCGGCUGACAGUCCCUUCAGCCGCCACGUUCUGAGACGAGCCGACGCUCUCCUCAAGCUGCCCGCCGCUCCGGUGUCCUGGAAGACCUCUCCAUGACCGUCAGCACGGUGCUGACCCCCUCCAUGACCAGCAGUAACAGCAUGAGCAGCGGGUACUGCAGCCUGGACGACGAAAGCGAGGACUUCACUUUCUUCACCGCCAAGACCUCGUUCUUCCGCAAGCCCAAGCAUGCACCGAAGCAAAGUGAAACAAAGGAGGAGAGAGGAGGCGCUGAGGAGCUGUCAGAGGAAGAAGUCCGGGCCAAGAUAGAGUCGUACAAUGCUCAGGUGUCUGAAAAUGGCAUGAAUCUGGCUACAGACGGGUCUUUCACCGGCUUCAUCAAGGUCCACCUGCGGCUCAGUCGGCCGGUCACGGUGGACGGCAAGCGGGGCCGCGCCUCGUCAGAAGACCAGGAUGGAGAGCAGGGCGAGUGUACAGAAAAGCGAACGUCCUUCUACUUACCAUGCGACUGUGUGAAGCAGAUCCACAUCGGCUCUCUGACCACCACCAGUGAGGUGAUACAGGGCCUGCUGAAGAAGUUCAUGGUGCUAGACGACCCUCGCAAGUUCGCAUUGUACAGGCAGACGCACAGAGACGGUCAGGACUUGUUCCAGAAGGUCCCUCUGUCUGAACAUCCUCUUGUCCUGAGGUUGAUAGCAGGACCAGAUCCUGAGCAGCUCACCUUUGUCCUUAAGGAAAACGAGACUGGAGAGGUUGAGUGGCACGCGUUCUCUGUCCCCGAGCUGCAAAACUUCUUGGUCAUCCUGGAGAAAGAGGAGGCGGAGCGCGUGCGAGCUGUGCAGCAAAAGUACACCAUUUACCGACAGAAGCUGCAGCAGGCCCUUCAACAGCACAGCCCUUGACGCCUGACCCCGUCCCCUGAUGUCUCCGACCCGGGGAUGCACGGACCUUUAGGACACCAUGUGAUCUGAGUCCAGAGAGCGGAGCCUGAGCUGAACUUACCUUCGGACUCCUCGUCGAGAAACGUUCCGACACAGACAAGAGACACACUGAUGCAUAUACUUUCUCAGGUCGUACGCAGGCUCCCUUACACAAUCCCACCAUCCACAACAGGAUCCGGACAACAGUUGUUUACCCUGGGCAGGAAGAUCUGGAACUGCAACCUUCUUCUUGAGAUCUCAUUUAUGACUGAUGUGAAUCAGCAAUGUUUUUUAAACUUUUCCCUUCUCUUCUGCUACUACAACAACUACUGCUGCUACUGCUACUGCAAGUGUUACUUAUGCAUGAGUCUCUCAGCUCAUCUGCCCUGCACAUAGGAUUAGGAUUAAAACAGAAGGCAUGAUUACUUUUAGCUGCCUCGAGCUGGAGCUGAAGGACAAUCACACAGUGUGUUUUCUUAGACGUGACGUGUCUGAUGUCAUCUGAUGUAAUUUUUUAUUUUUUAUUUUUUUAUUUCUGGAUUUGCCGAUUUGAUCAGGAAACGUCAUGAAACAGAGUGCUUGAUUUGCUUUCAGUUCACUGAACAGAAAGCAGAAUUAGAUCUAUUCGACCUCUUUUACUGUCCACCCCAGCAGCAUGAUGCUGCCGCCACCAUGUUCUUAGUAGGUGUUUAUAUAUAUUAAUCCAUCCAUCCAUCCUCCAUCUUCUUCCGCUUAUCCAGAGUCGGGUCGUGGGGGUAACAGCUUCAGAAGGGAGCUGCUACCAUACAUAAAAUGAUCUGAAAGUAAGAGAGAUGCUUGUCGUUUUUCUCCUCUUAAUUCACUCGGUCCCAACAUGUCCACUGAUGGACAUAAAAACUAUGUGGUUAGUUUUUUCUUCUUUUUUUUUUGCUGCCUAAAUCCACAACUAAGAACCCUGGAGUGAUGAUGAAAGUCAGCUCUUAUGCCUUUAGUUACAAGCAAACUCUUGUUGUUUGGGGGUUGUCUUUGAAUGAGAGAGGACGUUUUCACCAACUGACUUUUACAAAGAGGAUUUCAAUUGAAUUGGAGGUGGUGGAUUAAAAAAAAUGAAUACGUUAAAAAAAAAUUAAAAAUCAGCUUCUGUUUUGCACGUCUUGAUCCAGGCCACAACUCUGAGGCUGGACAUGCAUUUUAGUUUACUUUCUAACCCCUAAAAAGGAACAAAAAUAUGUAAAACAAAUAAUAAUGGCUAUGAUAUGUUUGGAAUGCAUAUGAAUUGUGUAGACACUGGAAAAAAGAGGGAAAAGAUUUUACGUUGUUGCUAAUUAAAUUUAUUUAUUUUAUUAUUUUUUUUACAUCAUUUCCACUGCUGUGUGUGUGUGCAUGGUCAUCCUGCGUAGAAAGGAUCCAUUAAACAUUCUUAUGUUUGUUAUAAUCCUCAAAUAAGUGAGGCCUGCUGUCCAUGAGCACAUACUUCCCUGUAAAACCCACACCUGUGUGUUCCCACCCUCACCACCCGAGCUGUUCCUGCUGGCAGUGCCUUUUGUCCCAUGUGUUUUCUGCGUUAACGUGGGUUUCAGCACACAUUCAGGUGCCUGAUUGAGUUACAAGUGUGGAUGCUUCUGCUUGUGUGCGAUUUUCUGGAAUGACGUUGGUUUUUAUUUGUAAUUUUUUUCCCUUUAAUCCCCAUUUUCAGAAUGCUCCUUUUUUUCCCUCAGCAAAUCCCAUGUGGGAGUGUGUGUGCAUGUUUGGGUGUGUGCGUGCGUGUGUGCGUUUUAUUUAUUUCAUGGUUCACAACCAUCCAUGUGAAAUUAUGUAAAGGGUGUUGCUUUAUUUUUUUGCAAUUUAUUUAGUUUGACUUGUACAACUGUGCAUAAAUAUGACUAGACCUGUACAGAAAUUCAAAUGAAAUAAAAGGGUAACCUCUUUAUUGAAAUGUG